GCUCCCGCCCCGCUCUCCCAUUGCCCGCCGCACGUGGGGCGGCCCGGAGCGACUGCGUCGGGCAGGAGCUGCUGGAAGCAGCUCGGAAGGCACAGGCAUGUGUGUGAGUUACAGGGAUUCCCUGGAUCUGGCUGGUGCCAAGAUGGAAAUGGAAGAAAGUAAUAGAGUUAAAGUGCAGACAAAAAUAAGAUCAAAUGAGAAGCCACCAUACGUGACAGCUGUUGGUGCAGAAACAAAUCCUUUGAAAAAAUUUACCAUCCCUAAAAUAAGGAGGACUGCUGAUAAAGUUUCUUUAACAUCCUGCUACACUAAUCAGAGGGAGUAUAGCAGCAUCAGCCAUACUCUGAGCCAGUCUCGUCUCAACACAGGAUGUGACCUGCAGUCUUCAUGGCAGUUUGGUGAGAUAAAACUGGUACACAAUGAAGAGCUGGAAAAAAAAUUUGCUGCAAAGAGGGCUAAAAUGCGUGAAGAAGGAAGGCAAGGCAGAGAACUUGAGGAACAUUUUUGCUUUUUGGUGCUGCCUUGGGAUGAGAUCUCAAAAAUUUACCAGAGUGGAAUACAUACCGGCGAGUCUGCAAUGAAGGAAUUAGGAAAUCCCCUCCUUGGAGUGUAUUUAUUCAGACAUGUUGAUGUUGCUUUGAAUUAUGCAAAUAGAUUGAUCAGUGCAGAAAACAUCCUCGUUUUCAAGGUUCUCUUUGGAAAGGUAAAAAAAAUUCAGCCUCCUAUGGGUAAAAAGAAAGUUGCCCUGGAUCCUACCCCAAACUUUGAUUGCCACAUGUCUAGAAUUGCUCCUACACUUAAAGAUCCAGUUGAUCUGCAGGCCAUUGGAUCAUCGGUUUACUUCUACGAAUACAAUAUACACUCAAAACCAGUGGAUAAGCCUAGGCAGUGUCUUCCAUAUGCAGUAGUAACAGUAAGAUUUGUUGGCCAGAAGGUGGAAAGUGACCCUCUUGUAACAUCUGUGAGGUUUCUGUCUAAAGGAUUUCCUAAGUAUUCUGGUAAGAUUCAUUUAGCGGCAUGUAGUAAUUGUAGGAUGUUAAAGUGCAUUGGGGAGCUAAUUCUCUAAACAGCUUUAUAUUAUCAUUGUUCUCCUUCCACAAUGGAUAUCUCACCCCCUGAUGUCAAAAUUAUGCUUUGCAGCACCCCAUGCUACCACUUCAAAAUGGAACAAUGUGUUUCUCCCAGUUCCCUUCAGGUCGCUUCAGGGCUGGAGGGCUGCUGCAUAUGUUAUCCAGGGCAGAUGCCUAAUUCUGAGAGCAGUACUCUGCCUUAUUAUUCCACUGUUCCUGCACAAGACAGGCUAGGAUUUUGCCUUCAGACUUAAAUGUUGAUUGGAGGAGGGAAUCUAUUCCAAGAGCUGUCGCUACAAAUAAGUAAACUUAAUUUUUAUUGCUUUUGUCAUAGCAAAUAUUGAUUUAUUAUCUUUGUAAGAGAUGAUGAUGCUUAUUCUUUAACAGCUUGGAAUGACGUUAGAGAUGGACUUCUAAGAGUUAAAAAUUCAAGUUGCUCUUCAAAUAAAUGGAAGUAUCAUAAAAUAUUUAAUGCUAAAUAUCCAAAAUAUGUAAAAGAUCUUAAAAUUAAAUGAAAUGGCACUUGCUUUAAAGAAUGGAGGAAGCCGAGGUGAAAAUUGUUUCUAAAAUUUGGAGGUUAAUGUAAAAAGAUUGUUUUCAAAAGUAUGUUUCCACUGGGGGAUUUUCCUGUGCCUGUAUUGUAUUUUGGCUGAUUUCCUUUAUGAUUCUCUGCUGAGAUGCUUUUGUGUUACUGCUCGUGCCUUAGUCAUGAUUAUCUUUCACUUUGAUCUUAGUCCCUGGACUCUGGAAUUACUCUGGAAAAUAAUCAAAAGGCAAAAGAAAAGAAGCCAGUUGAGAGAUCUUUCCUUCCAUGGGUUGAUGCUACCAAGGGCUAGGUUAGGUGCAUAACUGCCACUCACAAAGCUCCCACUCAGCUACCUGAAUCCUAGUAGACACCUAAACUCUCUUGGCAUCUUAAUUUUCGUAGUGAAAGUUCCCCAAACGCCUGUGUUUUCAGCCUUUUAGUGGAUGCUGAAGGGCCAGAGUGAUGUGUGAACCAGGGGAAGAUAGGUGUUCCUCCACCUAACACACCUGUGGAGCGCGAUCCAGUUAGUGUGCUCAGACCUUGCCUACUGGAGUGGGAAGCCCCUACAGAGAAGCUUACACUAAACAUCAGGAGAAGACGAGGGUGACUUUCCUCAUAAUUCAUAGUCCAGUGGUUAGGGUAUUCACCUGAGAUGUAGAAGACCCCCCCAGUUUAAGUGCCCACCUCCAAAUGUGAGGGAGAAGGGAUCUGUCACCUCUCAUGUGAGUGCCCAAUGCGUCUUUCAUUAUUUAUUCACCAGGGUACAACUUCAAAACUAGGCCAGAGAGACAGUAUGUAAGCAUGAGAAUGACUCUGUAGCCUAGUGGUUAGUGUACUCAUGUGGAAGUACCAGGAUCCAGUCCACCUGCUCUAUGACUCUUUAUCUAGAGUGCAACAGCUUCAAGAGGAGAGGCUGAGGGAGUGCCACAUCAAAAUACCCCAUCACCCAGUGCUUAGAGCACACCCCUGUCAGUGGCAGAUUCUUGUUCAAAUCCCUUCUCAGGUGGAGGGAGGACUUGAACUGUGGUUCUCGAACAUCUCAGGUGAGUAUUUUUAGGCAGGUGGUUAGGGUAAUGAGGGAGCUCCUUUUCCAACAGUGUGGGCACCUCACACCAAGAGAGGGUUUGCAACUGAGUCCCAAGCAGAGGGAGGCACUGCCCUGCAGCUUAGACUUAGGUACCUGUCUUUGUUAGUGGGGCAGGGGCUGACAUAUCCCACUGGCUGUCUUAGACUAGGAGCUGCCAAGUGUGCUGGCCUUUCUAUAUCCCAUUCUGAAUCCCCCAUCUCUCCCCAUUCAUUGUAUACAGAGCCUAGUCCUGCACUCAGGCUUUGUGAAUCCCAGUGAUUUUCUAGGUGCCUGAAAGUUAAGCAUGGCAAUACUCAGCAUCAUUGCACCUAAGUUUGUUUAUGAAUGUAACCCAAAGUGUGGAGGGGAUCCAUCUUUGGUUGAGUUUUGAGUCACUGAUAUUUGAUGUUGAAUCCUUUAUUGUUUUAUAGAAGAGAUUAACAAAACCUCUGACCAAAGCAGUAACUGCUUUUGGAGUUAGAGGCAUAACUGUACCUGGUAAUUGCAAGAAUAAACGUUGUAGAGAGCAAGACUGCUAUUGUCAAGAAAGUACUUAACUUAAGUGUACCACAAAAGAACCAAAGUGCACCAUUAGACACUUACACACAACUCUGCAGCAAGGUGAGACUCACUGGCAUGGCGCCUCCUGCUGGUCAUAUUGGGAAUUAGCUCAACUCCAGCUACAGAACAUUUUAUUCUGGUCAGUGUCUCACCUGCCUUAGGCCCCGUGUCCCUCCCGGACGCUGGUGCCCCUUUCCUCAAGGUUCUGCCCCCAGCAGUACCCCCCUUACUCUGGGUCUCCCCUCCCAAGGGCAUAAGUUUCCACUCACUUAAAACUACAUGCUUACAAAAUCAGACAUAAAAAACCAAAAG